AUGGAUCCGAUUCCUAUCGUCAAUCCGACAGAUGUGACUUUUAAUUCGCGCCGUCUGUUGGGCCUCGUCGGGCAAGCUCCUAUUCCCCAAGGCUUCACUCAGCCCGAUAUGGUGAUCAACUUGUUUCCGCUCGUCGAGAAGCUGAUUCAGACAAACCAUGACACAUGA